AUGACUGCCGACGUUCAUAGUACGGCGACGCGAAUUCUCUCCACCGAUGCCGCGCGCGACCCCAGCUACAAUGAUUUCUCCUUUGCCCCCUUCCUUCGCAAAAGCUUCGGCUUUGGUCUUGCCAGCGAUGUACCUGUCUGCAAAGCCUACAGCGAGGGCCACUGCCCGCUCGGCCCUGCUUGCCCGGAUCGACACCCAACCCCUUCUCGUGUGACCACCUCGACUACAACGGCAUCCGGACUGGCCCCAUCCACCACACAUGGGUCACUCGUCUGCAAGCAUUUCCUCAAGGGCCUGUGCAAGAAGGGCUUAAAAUGCGAAUAUCUCCACGAAUACAACCUCCGCCGCAUGCCAGAAUGCCAGUCAUUUUCACGGUCUGGAUACUGUCCUAAUGGCGAUGACUGUCUGUACCAGCAUGUUCGCGAGGAGGCCCGAUUACCGCCAUGCGAGCACUACGAUCGAGGAUUUUGCGAGCUGGGCCCACUCUGCGCAAAGCGCCAUGUUCGACGGCGUCUUUGCCAGUUCUAUCUCGCCGGGUUCUGCCCGGAAGGAAAGGCCUGUGCUAAUACUCACCCUCGAUGGACCGAGAACCUUCCCCGACCAACCAUGCGGACCGAGAAGACCGAAGAAGAGCUCGAGCAUGAACGGGCUCUCAUUCGUGAGGAACAGGAAAAGGAAAAAGAGCGCGAGCGCGAAUGGCGCAACGAACGGGGGCGGGGCGGGGGAUUCAUGCGUGGACGAUACCGUGGACGAGGGAGGGGUUAG